CAAUUAGAAAGGGCAAAAAGGAAAACAAAGAAAAACUUGAAAAGCAGAAAUGGGCACUCCAUUCUGCUCCCGUUAUGUUACGUCCUUUAUUCCCACCUUAACUCCAUCAAUUCCGUUAAAACUCCCAACGAAUCUCCGUCCACUAAACGUCGUCGUUUCAUCUCGAAUGGAAUCCAACAACUCCACCACAACCACCGUUACCGGCGGCGACACAACAACAACCGUUAACAAUGAGAACUCCGUUACUGAUACGGUUGUUCAGUACGUUGUUUUACGGAGAGAUUUAAUUGACACGUGGCCGUUAGGUAGUGUGGUUACGCAAGGCUGUCAUGCUGCCGUGGCAGCUAUUUGGUCUCAUAAAGACGAUGACGUUACUCUUCAGUAUUGUAGUCCUUCUAAUCUCGAUUCAAUGCACAAGGUAACUCUUGAAGUGAAGGGUGAAGCCCAGAUAUUGAACUUGGCAGAAAAGCUAAAAGCUGGGCGCAUUGCUCAUAAAUUGUGGAUUGAACAACCAGAAAACAUACCAACCUGUCUUGCUACAAAACCUUAUCCGAAAUCCCUGGUAUCUUCAUUUUUCAAGAAGCUAAAACUUUGUAAAUGAUGAAUUUCAAGUUCCAGUCGGUAAUGUGACGCCGACACAAGUAGGCUUAGUUUCGUUAUAAAAGAAUUGGACCUAGUUUUGCUAAUGAUGAGCUUCAGUAUUUGUAAUGAUUAUUAUUCCUCACUGAACCCGUCGACCUUUGUAUGUGGUUCAUCUGGAUUUUAUAACCUGGUGAUGCUGGCCAGACAAAUAUGGGUCUUAUCUUCAGCUA